CACGAGGAACGUUUAAUUUUUAAUUUUGUAGUGUUUAGUUCUUUAAUUUUUUUUAAAUAAAUUAUUUUACUUAGUUUAUGUUAUGUGUAAAAAUUAAAUAAUUAUUCUAGUGAAACAUUUCAAUACCAUCGACGAUACAAAUCUAAUUAUCAAUAGCUAUAGUUGAACAUCACAUCGUUCGUCCAUCAUUGUCGGCAGAAUCGACAAAACUACUGAAAACUAUGACGAAACACUAUCCCACGCCGUUUACGCCCAAAGACUCGACUGAAAUGUGCAUGCAGACCAGAAAGCCGCUGUCGGCCUGCCACACGGAGAACUUUGUGUUCCUCAGGUUCCUCAUGCACCUGUUUGGGUACACCGUUGACGGACCACCGACGCCGAAGGAUAAAAACGUACUAAUUGAAUCCGCCACGACGGACACUCGGACCGAGUUGCAUUUCUUGGAUGGUUAUCAACAUCUGUUCGAUGAAACGUUUAUGUCCGUGUUCCAGAAAAAGAGGCGAAAAAGAGCCGUGGACGAUCAAUACGAUUUCGUGAUAGUCGGUGCCGGAUCUGCGGGCUGCGUCGUCGCAAACAGACUGUCGGAGAUUAAAGACUGGAAGGUGUUACUCCUUGAAGCCGGGAUCGAGGAACCAGAAUUUUCUUCUGUGCCAGGUCUUGCACCUUUACAAUUGGGAAGCAAGAUCGAUUGGAAUUAUACAACACAGCCUGAUGAACACAUGUGUAGGUCCAGACCAGGAGGUAUGUGUGAUUGGGCUAGGGGCAAAGUAAUGGGUGGGUCAAGCACGAUCAACUACAUGAUUUAUACUCGAGGAAACAUGGAUGAUUAUAACGAAUGGGAACGUAUGGGAAACGAUGGGUGGGGAUAUGAAGAAGUUCUUCAAUAUUUUAAAAAAUCCGAGGAUAAUGAAGAUCCAGAAGUUUAUAAAAAAAACCAAAAGUUUCAUGGCAAAGGCGGAUAUCUUACGGUGGAAUGGUUUCCAUACGUAGACCCUACGGCAGUAGCUUUAAUAAAGGCGUGGCAAGAAAUCGGUUUGCAUUAUGUAGACGUAAAUGCCGAAAAUCAAAUAGGCGUAACUCAUUUACAAUCGACAGCUAGGCAUGGCGAACGAAUGAGCACUAACAAAGCGUUCAUAAGACCGAUUAGAAAAAAACGGAAAAACCUAACUGUCCUAACAGACGCACACGUCACUAGGAUAUUGAUCGAAAAGAAACGCGCUAUUGGGGUGGAGUUUUUGUACAAGAAAAAAAUUAGGACGGUGUUCGCAAAAAAAGAGGUGAUUCUGAGUGCCGGCAGUCUAAACUCACCAAAAAUACUGAUGCUCUCCGGUGUCGGGCCUAAAAAACACUUGGACAAGAUGAAAAUUAAAGUUGUGAAGAACUUAGCCGUUGGGAGGAACCUACAAGACCACGUCACGUCUGACGGUGUCGUAAUUCGCGUGAAAAAAACAGCUACCGACAAGCCGCUCAAAGAGAAAAAGGAAGACGCUGUUUUGUACAAAAAAAAAAGAAAAGGUCCUCUGGCGGCCACUGGCCCAUUACAAUGUGGCGUAUUCCUUCAAACUAAAUAUGAAGAUACACUGGAUCUGCCGGACAUAAAUUAUGCAUUUGACAAUGCCAACGAGAAAGAUUGGAUUAUCGACCCUGCAAAUGCCACAAAAUUCGGUAUGUCUCCUGUUUCUUAUUACGAAGCGAUUAACGUGAGACCGAUUUUGUUGAAGCCAAAAAGUAGAGGAUAUAUAUUACUCAACGAAACUCAUCCGAUUUGGGGUCAACCACUGAUUUAUCCACGUUUCUUCACUAAAGGAAACGAUCUUGAUAUACUCGUUGAAGGCAUGAAAAUCGGAGCGAACCUGGUGAACACGGCGUCAAUGCGCAAAGCGGGGGCGGAACUAGUGGAUGUGCCGGCAAAGGCAUGCAAGGAAUACAAAUUCGGCUCGGACAAGUACUGGGCGUGUGUGGCCACCGAGUACACGGCCACCAUAUACCAUCCGGUUGGCACGUGCAAGAUGGGACCGGAAUCGGACGAAGAAGCUGUCGUCGACCCGGAACUGCGCGUGUACGGUGUAGAGGGUCUCAGGGUGGUGGACGCUUCCAUCAUGCCGACUAUCGUCCGAGGAAACACGAACGCACCGACCAUAAUGAUUGCGGAAAAGGCGUCAGACAUGAUCAAGGAUAAAUGGCAUCAGCAUAUGUCGUCGAACGAUAACGCAGCUGAAAUCAACGAAUAACGAUCACGAUGAGUGAUAUAAUCAUAUUGUUAUUAUUAUUAUAUAUAUGGCGAUUGUAUUUGCGUCCAGUGACAGAGGAGGUACUGUAGGCAGCAGUCCCCAAAAUGUAGUAAUUUUUUGAAUUUUUCUCUCGUGCAUUACUCUUAGGGGUGACCCCUGAUAAUUAUAUAAGAUUUACCCAUCAUACAAGCAUGUCAACACGAAGAAAUAUUGAUAGGACCUAAUGUUUUUCAAAAAAUCCCUGAAAUUAAACGAGUAAUAUAUAAAAUAAUAUAGUGAAGACGUUCCUAUAUUUCCAUGUUAUCACAUUUUUAUAAAUACAUAAUAUAACUUAUAUAUUUGGAAUUUAUGUCGUACGUCAGAGUGCUAGUUCUGAAUUGACCAAUCAAAGUUUAGUAAAACGUUUAAUUAGGUACACGGGUAAUAAGUUAAAAACUUAAAAUCCAAAACCAACUAGUAUGCAAUGAUUUGUGCUUUUAUAUCAUAGUUUUAUGUUUUAACUAUAAUAUAUACUAUUAUAAUUUAUAAUAAACAGUCAUUUUUUAUCGAAUAAAAUAUAAAACUAAUAAUAUGAAGUUUGUGUAAACGAUUUGAAGAAAAAACAUACAUUUUAUCAGCAUAACUUUGUUAGUUGAAUAAUAGUGAAUUAUUAUUAGGUAUCUUAUACAAGUUGAUUUUUCUUUUUAAUUUCAUCGUGAUAGUAAUAAUAAGUAGACAUCGCAAUACAUACAUGAUUCGUGAUGUGUGUGCAGAAUUCGCUUACUUCAAUGCAAACUGCAGAACAUACAGAAAUAGGUCAACGCUGUGCGUAUCUAUUUAUAUACUAUGAGGACGUAAUAAUUAAUAAAUAAUAAAAUUACAAAAAUUUAAAUCGUCAAAAAAAUUGAUCACUCCAUCAGGAUAAUACUUUUUAAAUUUCAAAUGUAAAAAUUCAUCAGUUAAAAUAAUAACAUAUAAAAUUUCAAAGUUGCAAAAAACUGUACGACAUAAGUAUCACGCAUGCAAGUAUUGGAAUAUUUAAGAAAUAAAAAAAAAAAUCUAGAUAAAAUAGUUCAGCUGUAACAUUUACAUAGUUUAUGUAGAUUAAAUUUAAUCAUGACACAGGUUUACUAAAUUUUAGAAAUCUUUAACAACCCUUGACUUGUCUUAGAUUAAAAGUGAUUUGAUGUAUAAAAAAGUAUACAAAAUUCUACGAAUGACUAAAAUUAUAAUAUUAAUUUAGAAGGGCGUUUUAUCUAUACUUACUCAUUAUACGUACAUCAAUAUGAAAUGAACUCGAACAUAAUAUUAUAAUAUGUAAUUUUCUACUUUUACAUUACAUAACGUUGUGUACACAUAAAUUGGCUAAAACCAAGUCCUCGUAAUAAGACGUAUAAAUAUACCUAUUAUAUAUUUAUAUGUAUACCAGUUAUUAGAUACUUAUUUAAAUAUUCAACAUUUUAAUCUUUUAUCACUCAUUUUUAUUUUUAUUGGCAUUAUUUUACCCGGUAGACGUCUUAAUAAUAUGAUAUUAUAAAUUAAUAAUUAAAUAUAUGAAAUCAUGUAGGUAUAGAGUAAAUUUAAAUGAAUUGAAUAUUGACUUUUAAUUUAUUAUUUGGAUUAUUAAUUACAAGGAUACCUCAGAAAAAUAUCAUAAACUAGAAUUAUUUGUAUUACUAGUAGGUACGUCUGAAAUAUAAAAUACAAAACCAAUAUGAUCACAACAAUUUGAAGUCAGAAUAUUAUAUUAUAAUUAAUUUAAUGAUAAUAUUAAUGAAAUAAAAUAAAAUCAGCGCAUUUUAAAUAAAACAAAAUACUGCUUUAAUAGUGUUAAAAUAUGUAUAGCUUCUUCUGUAAUUUAUUAUUUUUUGCCAAACUACAUUAUCUGUGACCUAAGUAUGAUGUCGAUAUUUUUGAAAAAUAGGCUUGACGCAUAAACAUAUACAUAUACCUACUAUGUACCCAAUUUAUAAUAUUGUAAUAUUAUGUGUUACAAUUUUAAGGGUAGAAUGUGUACACAAGUUAAAAGUAUUGAUUACGUAAUAUUUAUAUUAUAUUUAUUCUUUAUACGUACCUACUUUUGUAAUAUCAAUGUCUUAUUAUUUACAUUUUAAAUAUAUAUUUUUUUUGUAAUAUUAUACAUUUGUACAUUUAAAUGUACAUUGUUUAAUAACUAUUUUAAUCGAUGGAAAUAAUAAUUGCUCAAUAUAAUAUAGUACAACGAAAACUACUUAUUAUUUAUAUAUUCAUUUAACAUAUAAGUUUUAAAAUAUUGUAAAAGUACAUCUAAAUAAUAUUGUUUUACACUUUUGUAAAAAAUACGAAUGUAAUUUACAGUAUAUAGAUUUUGAAGAACUUGAAAUGUUCAAAUGCCAAAUAAUAAGUUGUACUUUUUAAAAUAGAAUAUUAAUAAUUUUCAAUAUAAUAAAUUCGCUGUAUUUUUUAAAGAAAUGUUUACCUAUAUAGUAUGUACAUCUACCUGUACUACAGAUAAAUAAAUACAUUUUAAGUUCAGUGAUCAUGGUUUCUUCAUAUCUGUAAUAAAAUUAAUGGGAGUAUCUGGCCAUUAGUUGAUCGUGGUUUUAAAUGAUAGUUAUUUUGAUUGUUUGUUUUUUCCAUUUAGUUUGUAUAAGAAGUUGCAUAUUUUAGUUUAAAGUUUAUAGAUUACAUACUUUAUAUGUGCCAUUUACAUAAAGAGAAUCGUAUGUAUCAACCAAAAUGUAACAAAUAAUAAUAACUCAUACAC